UUCUCACGGUUAUAUUUCAAAUCGAAGGUCAUAGUGCGUUGCUUUUGAUGUCACGUCUAUUUACCCUCUUUCCCGUAUUGAUAUCUUGUGUGCGCCAUGGCAGAAGACCUCGAUUUAUUCGUCCAUAUCUGAAAGACUUAUAUGGUAGAAGACUUGCUCAAGGUCCAGAGAUUUAUCGACCCAGGAAAGAUUGGUUAUGCUGGAAUCGUGACUCGGAAUUAUGUGCGUUUUUGUCGAGAAUUGGUGAGAAUUUAGAGAAAGACCUUAUUGAGGUCGUUCUGACAGAUCGGUAGUUACUGAGUUUUCAAUUGAAAAUCAUACCGUGUAUUCAAUCGUAGAUCAUAUUCCUCGUUUUGGUCUGUAAAAACGGCCGAGUCAGACGGAAAAAUAAUGCAAGACAACUCGGAACUCGCUGCUCUAGGAUUUUCUGUUUCGGAAAAUUUUUUAUAUGUCUUCUUGCGAUCAGUGUAUCCCCGAUUCCCUGAAGAGUGGAUUAUGACUAUCGUUCAGUAUUUGAAGUCACCUUCUGAGCUCGCUUUUAUAGCCGCUCACUUAGGAAUUAAAGAUAUAGUAUUGUACAGUGAUCAAGUAGAUUAUUCAAGCAAUAAAAUUAUAUCAGCUCCACCGAAUCUGGAUGUUUUAACUCACGCACUUAUGGCUUUAGUCGGUGCUUUAGCAAAAGACAAGAUGGAGAAAGCACAUUUGUUUAUUCGGGAUUUCAUACUAGCAAGACUUCCUGAUAUAGAUUUAACUGAACUGAUUUCAAUUCCUAAUCCAUUACCCCUUCUACAGGGUAUACUUCAAUCUGAAGGACGUGGCCCACCUGAAACCAGAUUAAUUUAUCAGUCAAGUAUGAAUACUGUGCUAGCCUGUUUUGAAGUUGGUAUAUAUAGUGAUUGUCAACUCAUUGGAGAAGCUCCUGGUGAAACGAUAUUAAUUGCAGAAGAGGAAGCAUUACGACAAUCAAUAAGGAAUUUCUUCAAACUAACGGAUAAUCGUCCAUCUAUUCCAUUGCAUGGAAACUUAGACUUUUUGGACUUUCAAAAGUUUUCUGAACCAAAUAUUUCGCUUAAUUACUAUUUGGAAUUAGCAGUUGAUCAUGUUUAACCAGGCAAAAAAAUCCCCUUUGAGGAUUGUAUACUUGUAAAUAUAUAAUAAUUCUUUUUGUAAUGAAUGCAUCAAUAUACUGCUUAUUAAUUUGAA